AUGGCAACUCUUACAACAGCAUUUCCUAAUAAACGAAUUGUUGAGACUAUUCUCUGCUUUUAUGUCUUAGUUUUCUGUUUCCUUCCCACAGUUCUUUGUGCUGGGCAUUUGAAAAAGCUAUAUCUACCAGAUCCUGGUCCCGAGUCCUUUGCAUUCGAUUUGGCAGGUGGAGGACCUUACACAAGUGUUGCUGACGGAAGAGUUCUCAAAUAUGAAGGACCGAAAGUUGGUUUUGUGGAGUAUGGAUACACAAAAGCAGAUAGGCCCCGGAAAUUUUGUGAUGGCACUAAUAGGACGGAUAUCUCUCAAAUCUGCGGUAGGCCAACUGGUUUGGGGUUUUACUACAAGACUGGUGAGCUCUAUUUGGCAGAUGGCGGUCUAGGCCUUGUCGUGAUUGGACCUAAAGGAGGUCCGGGAAAACAACUUGCCUCUGCUGCAGGAGGACUGCGAUUUGGCUUCCCUGAUGGCCUCGAAGUCGAUCAAAGAACUGGCAUUGUUUACUUCACCGAUGCAAGCUCCCGCUACAAUAUCAGCCAAAUUGCAGAGGUAGUUGCCAAUAGAGAUCAAACCGGAAGAUUAUUGAAAUACGAUCCAAGAACGAAAAAGGUCACAGUAUUGCUCAGGGGACUUGCAGGGGCCGCUGGGGUGGCAAUUAGUCAGGAUGGCUCAUAUCUUCUGGUUACAGAAUUUGUGAAAGCAAGAGUUUCCAAGUAUUGGUUAAAGGGUCCCCUAGCACAUACAUCACAUGUUAUUGCAAACCUGUCAGGUGCGCCAGAUAAGAUCAAGAGGAACAGUGCUGGAGAUUAUUGGAUUGCAGUAACAGUUCAAAGCCAGAAGCCGACACCAACAUUACAACUUCAAGGACAAAAGAUCAAUGGAAAUGGCAAGAUACUGGAAACAAUAACCUUUAGCCCUGGUUUUAAUUCUUCAUUGAUCACAGAAGUGCAAGAAUACAAGGGCAAGCUAUAUCUAGGUUCUAUAUAUAUUGGAUAUGUGGGGGUGUACCGGAAGCACUAA